AUGGUUGGAAGCAUGAAGACGAGAGGCAAAACCGCCGCAAUGGCUAAAUCCACGACGACUCAAAGCCACUCCACCCACGAUCCCGCGAUCGACAUGGUGGCACCACUACCUCUCACCACCGCACCGGCAAUUGCCGCCGAACAUGGUGGAACCUCCCAUCAAGGUGGGCUUGUUACCACCACCAACUUAGGCCGGGUCUUGGAGCAACUUCAAGCGUUCCCUUCAUUGCCUCCACGCUCGACACACGCUCCCGCGCACACCUCCAAUGAAACCCUAGCCGGUGUGCAAUUGGGCUCCACACACUUCUCUCAUCUCGAUCCACGAAGUCAAGCAGACCUUAGUUUGAGAGUUGACCAGCUAGCUCAGAAAAUGGACGACCAAAGCGAUCUGAUGAGGCAACUCCUCCACCAAAUCAGCUUGACUCAAAACCUUGGCCUUGGACAACAGGGCGAAGAGAGAAGGAUGGACGAACGCACCAGCAGGCAGCUCAAUAGGUACCCAGCAGGUCGAGCAGCAAUGGGCAGACAAGGUGAGGGACAACAACUUGAUCGGCCUGCCGACAUGUCACAAGCAUCUGCGAGCCCUACUCAAAGCAGAUUGAGUUUGAGGAAUAACAUGCACGAGACGCUAGCCCCACGACUUGACAUCCACACCCGCUUGGGCUCGCAGGGAAAUGUACUUCAAAAGCUAGGCCCCCAGGGAGGUCAACCAGACAACCAUCGCAACGAGGAUCAUGAAGAAAGACGCUCAGCUGUCCAAGAUCAGAGGAGCAUUCAUGAAAGGCUAGGUCCCCAGGAUGGUCAACUAGAUAAUCCUCACAAUGAUGACCACGAGGAAAGACGCUUCGCUGCUCACUCUCGAAGAGGCGGUUCUCGUCGACAAGCUAUAGGGAAUCUCUUGCAGGCGCAGUCCACCAACACGCCGCCUAGGCAGCGCAUACGAGAAGGUCAACCCUCGCAGACCAACUAG